AUGAUGGCCCAAGAUAAGAUGGAGGCAGGAGGCCUACAGAGACUUUCGCAUCAACAGAGCGCGAAGCUCGGUGAGGUCCAAAACCUGGCCCAUAAUCCCGGCCACGAUCUGCAGAAACGCCUCGAAACUCGCCAUGUCACUAUGAUUGCUUUGGGAGGUGCUCUGGGCACGGGACUCAUGAUUGGGACCGGAUCAGCUCUCGUCAAGACCGGUCCGGCAGGAAUAUUGUUAGACUACAGCAUCGUCGGCUGCGUCGUCUUCCUCGUCAUGGCCGCGCUCGGCGAGAUCAUAUCCUACAUGCCCCUCUCGCAUGGUUUCGGUGGUUACGCCACUCGUCUCGUCGACCCGGCCCUCGGUUUUGCGACAGGAUACUCCUACUUCUUCAAAUACCUCCUCGCAACCCCGAACCAACUCUCUGCUUUUGGCCUUAUCAUGAAGUUCUGGGUCGGAGACCGUGUCAAUCCGGCUGUCUUCAUCACAAUUAUCCUGGUCCUGAUUCUUGUCAUUAACAGCGUCAGCGUCAAGGCUUUCGGCGAGUUCGAGUUUUGGCUGUCCUCCCUGAAGGUGCUAAUCAUGAUUGGCAUUAUAAUCCUUCUUUUCAUACUCGCUGUUGGUGGUGGGCCAACCGGAGACCGUCCUGGAUUCCGAUACUGGUCUGAACCCGGAGCCUUCGCGGAGUAUAAGGUCGGUGGUGCCAAGGGGCAUCUGCUCGGUCUGUGGAGCGCGAUGGUAGCCGCAGUAUAUGCAUUCUCCGGGACUGAACUUGUAGGCGUCACUGUCGGUGAGGCCAAGAACCCACGUCUGUGCACGCCAAAAGCCAUCCGCCUUACCUUCCUCCGCAUCGUGUUCUUCUACAUCAUCUCUGUCUUUCUCCUGGGGCUGGUCGUCCCGUACAAUAGCCGGGAGCUCGCAUUCGCUGCCGGAGCCAAGACAAGUGCUGCCGCCUCCCCAUUCGUCGUGGCCAUAAAAAUCGCCAGGAUAAAGGGGCUUGAUCAUGUCAUCAACACCUGCCUCGCCGUCUUUGUGUUUUCAGCGGCGAACUCGGAUAUCUAUAUUUCAUCCCGUACUCUGUACGGCAUCGCUAUUGAUGGCAAGGCACCCCAGAUAUUCACACGUACAACUAAAGCUGGAGUGCCGUUCGUGUCGCUGGCUCUUUGUGCUGCGUUCUGCGGAUUGGCGUAUAUGUCCGUCAGCUCGAGUGCCGCAACAGUAUUCAACAAUCUCACCAGCCUUGUCACUGUCUUCGGCCUCCUGACCUGGAUUUCUAUCCUCGUCUGUCACAUCUGUUUCUGCCGUGCUCGCAAGAUUCAACACAUCAGUCUGGCAUACAUCCCCUACCGCGCCCCCUUCGGCGCGUGUGGCUCCUUCAUCGCUCUCGCGUUCCUGGUCAUCCUGAUACUCACCAAAGGCAUCGAGGUUUUCAUCGGCACUUUCGACUACAAGGGUUUCAUAGUCCAGUACAUCGGCAUCCCCAUCUACCUAGGUCUAAUCUUUGGCUACAAGAUUGUGAAGAAAUCUCAACGUGUGCGGGCUGAGGUGGCGGACUUGGUCACAGGCGUUCCGGAAGAAACGGUUGCAGAGGAGAAGGCGGCGGUCGAGGCCGCCAUGAGGGAAAAGGAGGCUGCGAUGGUGAUAAGAGGCAAGCUUGGCAAGGUCUACCGCAAGGGCUUUUCCUGGUUAUUUUGA